AUGAGACGUGAGCAGAUGUGAGAGAGCGGGAGAAGUGGAGUGGAGUGGAGUGAAGUGGCGGAAGGGAGUGGAGUAUGCGCGCGCGGCGCGAUUCCGGACGGCCAUUGCGAAUAACUUGUACGAAGCUGCGAGCUGCGAGCGCGAUUCCGUAUCGUACGGCACACAAGUGAAAAAUUUCGGUGAAUCGACGUUUAUCUCUGUACUAAGGUGCCCCGUGUCAAGUUUGGAACGCGCACGACACUCCGGCCCGAUGGCUGAGACCGACAAAUUGAAUAUCGACAACAUCAUAGCUCGUCUCUUGGAAGUACGAGGAGCAAGACCAGGUAAAAAUGUUCAGUUGACAGAAGUGGAGAUUAGAGGAUUGUGUCUCAAGUCACGUGAAAUCUUUCUAUCACAACCUAUCCUUUUAGAACUCGAAGCCCCAUUGAAAAUAUGUGGUGAUAUUCAUGGACAAUAUUAUGAUUUGUUGCGAUUAUUCGAGUACGGUGGUUUUCCUCCCGAAAGCAACUAUCUUUUCUUAGGAGAUUACGUUGAUAGAGGGAAACAAUCGUUGGAAACUAUUUGUCUUCUUCUUGCCUAUAAGAUCAAGUAUCCAGAAAAUUUCUUCUUGUUAAGAGGAAAUCAUGAAUGCGCGUCCAUUAAUAGGAUAUAUGGAUUUUAUGAUGAAUGUAAACGUCGUUACAACAUUAAACUAUGGAAAACAUUUACUGAUUGCUUCAAUUGCCUACCUGUUGCUGCGAUAGUAGACGAGAAGAUAUUUUGCUGCCAUGGAGGCUUGAGUCCGGAUCUUCAAAGCAUGGAACAGAUCAGACGUAUCAUGCGACCGACAGAUGUACCUGAUCAGGGAUUACUCUGUGAUUUAUUGUGGUCUGAUCCCGAUAAAGACACUAUGGGUUGGGGUGAAAAUGAUCGCGGUGUAUCCUUCACUUUCGGCGCAGAAGUUGUUGCCAAGUUUUUGCACAAGCAUGAUUUUGAUCUUAUAUGCCGUGCGCAUCAGGUGGUGGAAGAUGGUUAUGAAUUUUUUGCCAAACGACAAUUGGUGACUCUGUUCUCGGCUCCGAACUACUGCGGCGAGUUUGACAAUGCAGGUGCCAUGAUGUCAGUGGACGAGACUCUCAUGUGCAGUUUCCAAAUUUUAAAACCGGCCGAUAAGAGGAAAUUCACCUAUGGUGGUCUCAAUGCUGGACGGCCUGUGACGCCACCGCGGGGUGCAAACAACAAAAAUAAGAAGAAGUGAAGUCCUUAGAUUUAUCUUUCGAAUGCGAUGCUUGGAACUGCUACCGCCCAACCCGACAUCUAUCUAUCGAGACAUUAAGACCGCGCCUCUUCCUUUUCCUUCGCUCCCCUGCAUUCAUUCACAUUCAUUUUAUUCAUUUUCCAUUUUUUAUUCCACUCCUAAACUGAUCUUAUUAGCCACAAUUGACCACAAUGCACAGAUUCAUCAUCGAAAGAAAAACACGAUAGCUACGAAAAACUUAUCUGACGCGAGGAUUUUAUCUAUGGGAUCUUGAGAUCGAUCAUGUUUAGUUUUCCUUUCUUCAUACUUGUACAUUUCUUUUUUAUAAAUAAAAUUCACAUAAAAACAUGUAUCAUAUUUCUUUAGUCGAUGUAUCACAUCCAUCAUCCCGACGUGACCAUUUUUCACAUGCGUGAAUUUGAGUUGAGUUUUACUCGUUCCAAAGUUUAUCCUUGAAGCGAGUAACUGCGUGCGUGCGACGCGAUGUGUCACUCUUGAUUUCGUUCAUCAGAAUAUCUCGUACGUAUAUGUACCGAACGAGCGCAUAACAGGUACUAUUUAUAAUAUAUAUGUAUAAUACUAUACGCGUACGCUCGUGACAUUUGUUUAUUCUUGUAUUCUUGUAUGUGUAUCCGCUCGUGGAAGAUACAUCUAUCAUGUAUAUAAUGAAAAUAAUUCCAGGCUAUUAAUCUCGCAUGUUCAGUUGGACACGAUUGUUCUGGCAGAUGUAAUUUUACCUAUGUCAUAUUCAGAGAGAGAGAGAGAGAGAGAGAGAGAGAGAGAGAGAGAGAGAGAGAGACGUGUAUGUACAAGGGCUAAACCGGUAACACCAAUCAUUAUUAAGCUCCUUGCGACGCACUUUCGUUAGCGUUACUUGGUAAUUCCAGAGAGUUUAGUUUAAAUACAGUGAGAACAAUAUUAAGAUCAAUAGCAAGUAAAAUAUCUAGUCUAGUUGCGUAAUAACUUUUUUUUUUUUUAAUGGAAUACAUUGGAGCGAAAAAAUGGGAAAAGGAAGGAGGCAGCAACAAAAAAGCAGAAAAAAAGGGAGGCAUAUAUAGAAACUAAGGACUUAAAAUAAUUCAACUUUUCGAUAUUUAAAGCAAUGUAUCAAAGUAUAUAUCAAUCGUAGCUCGAUCUUUAUUUCACACCAAGUGUAUCAUAGGUACAAAUGAUAAAUCUAGCCAAAAAUAAAAUCAUAACGAGCCGGCCAAGAAGAUUUUCGACUUAUUUAUCUUUCUAAAUAAUUAUAACAAAUAAUUAUUCUACUUGUUGAUAAUCAUUCUCAUGUAAGCGUUAUUAACAAUGUUAUAUAUAUAGUGUUGUUUAUUAAUAAUCAAUUACAAAAGUGGAGACGCGCCCGUGCCGCACCAUAGGCUUGGAAAUUAAAGAUCAAAAGAGAAUAUACUAAAAGCACUGUUUUAUGCACAAACAAAAUUGUUAUUUAGGAAGCUGUUGACUAAAAUGUCGCAAAACGAACCGCCAAAAGAAUCGUGAAGGAGAGAAGUAAAAGCACGUUAUGACAUGCGAUCUAAGAUUGUAAGAGCAGAUUAGUCAUCGAGAAUUGCGCAAACCAGCGCAAACUCCGUGAGAUACGAGGAGACGUACAAGAAGC